AUUCAAUAUGGAUCCCCGCAAGAGUGCUCAAGAUAUCAUCCGAUGUGACCUUUGCGAGGACGCUAUAGUACAGAUGUACUGUGAUUUCUGUCAUGCCAAUCUGUGUUUUUCCUGUAUAGGAAAACAUAUUUCUGAUGACUAUGACAAACAUAAAGUGGUCCCAUUCCAACAAAGAAAAUCAACUUUAAUUUAUCCAAAGUGCACAACACAUCAAACAAGAGGCUGUGAAUUUCACUGUAAAACGUGCAAUACCUUUGUGUGUUCUUUGUGUACUAUAUCUGAUACACAUAAAGGGCAUACCGUUUCAAUUCUUUCUGAAAUCUUUUAUGCAAAGAAGAAAGUUAUUGGAAAAGAUGCUGAAGUAUUAGAAAAUACAAUUUCUCCAACGUAUGCAGAAAUUGCAACUGAAAUAGAAACUCAGAUAGCUAACUUAGAUGGGGAAUAUGGAAAUCUUACAACAUCAUUGAUAAAAUAUGGAGAAGAAUGGCACAGAGAAAUUGACUCAAUUGUCGAGAAAUUAAAAAUUAAAAUAGAAAAGAUAAAAACGAAGCAUGGGAUUAUUCUAAAAGAGCAUUUGGAAGAAAUCAAGCAGAUACAGUAUCUUAUUAAACAAUCACAGCUUAACCUUGAAAAAAUUGAAGAUUCAAAUGAAGUGUCCCUGACCAUGGAAUACAUCUCACGAACCAAGGAAUUUAGCAAACUUCCUCCAAAAGUUCAAGUAUCACUACCAAUGUUAAGUUCAAAGAUGAUAGACACAGAACAGCUUUACAAAUUGUUUGGGUCUUUGACACUAUUAUCCACCACAACAGAAGAAAAUGGCUACAAACUGAAGAAACCAGAGACAUCAACAAGGGAACUACUGGAAGAACCAGAACUUAUCACUACUAUAAGUACUGGGUAUGAAAACCUCCGAAGUGUUAUCUGUUUCAGUGAAAAAGAAAUCUGGACAAGUGCACAAGUCAAUGAAAUGAAAUGUUUUAGUAUUCAAGGCUCACAAAUCAAGACAAUCAAAUCAAAAACAGGGGAAAUGCCAGGUGAUAUAGCUGUGACAAAUGAUGGGGAUCUAGUGUACUCUGACUGGAAAUACAGAACUGUGAAUAAAGUGAAGGAGGGACAGACAGAGAAGAUGAUCAUAUUACAGGGCUGGACACCUCUAAAUUUGUGUAUCACCUCCUCUGGUGAUCUCCUGGUUACCAUGUUCAGUGAUGAUAAAACACAAUCCAAAGUUGUCCGUUACUCAGGCUCCAAAGAUAAACAAACAAUCCAGUUUGAUGAUGAGGGUAAACCUCUGUAUUCAGGAAAUUACAACAUUAAGCACAUUACUGAGAACAGAAACUUUGAUGUAUGUGUGGCUGACUGGGAAGGUGGCUCUGUAGUUGUUGUCAACCAGAACGGAAAACUGCGAUUUAGAUACACUGGUCAUCCUUCUUCUCCAAAGAAAAAUAGAUUUGAACCUUCUGGGAUAACAACAGAUAGUCAGAACCACAUUCUGACAACAAACUAUAACCACUGUAUCCACAUCCUUGACGAAAACGGACAGUUUCUACGUUGUAUAAAUAAUUGCGAUCUGAAGGAUCUAUGGGGAUUAUCUACUGACAAAAACGACAAUCUGUUUGUUGCUGAGUAUAACAGUGGAAAGAUUAAGAAAAUCAAAUAUAUGAAGUAAAAAGAAAAACAACAUGCAAUUGUCAAUAUGCCUAUUGUAGAUGAUUUUUGAUUUCUUACUUACAUAUUACUGUUGGAAUGACCUGCUGAUAGAUAGUUGUUUGUGAUUUCUUUUCUGGUGGUUUCCAUCACCAUUAGUCAAAUAACGUUCACUACUAAAAGAUAAAUCAUUCUCCUUUAACAUGCAUAUUUAAAAAUUAAAAAAAAAGUUUUGUAAUGCCUUUUUUGUCAAAAACUUAUUUUGAAGAAAAAUAUCGAAUCUCUGUUAUAUCGUCACAAUUUCU